ACACGAUGAAGACGGAAGAGAAAACGAACGUGCCACGUGUGCGGAUAGCGGUGCUCGGCAAUGUCAAUGUUGGAAAAUCUGCCCUCACCGUUCGCUAUUUAACACGGCGGUUCAUUGGAGAGUAUAGCUCCAACACCGACCUGCUGUACAAACAGACCGUCACGCUGGACAGUGGCGUGCUGGACGUGGAAAUCGUCGAUAUAUCGGCCGAGAACGACAAUGGCUUCCCGGUCGAGCAGAUCCAGUGGGCAGACGCUUGCCUUAUCGUGUACAGUAUUAUCGACCGUACCAGCUACGAGUACGCCAAGCGAUCGCUGGCCGAGCUGCGCCAGCUGCAGAAUGCCCCCUCUUCGUACCUGGUCGGCAACAAGCUCGAUCUGGAUCACCUGCGCGAGGUCCAGGAAACGGAAGGAGCAUCGCUGGCCGCUUCCCACGCGAUCGGCUUCUGUGAAGUGUCCGUCGCCGACAACUCGCCCGCCCUCUACAAAGCCUUCGAGCGGCUACUGGUCGAGUCGCGCGCACGCCCCGUCAAGCCACGCAAGUUUUCCGUCAGUAAGAUGUUUGGGACGCUGAUUGGAAACAAUGGACCACGGCAACCGUCCGUGAACCAGGGCACGGUGGUACCUUGCCACAAGGGAGAGCUUCACAAGUCGCGUGUCAUGAAGCGACGCCAGGCCUUCACCGCGACCGCAUCCCUAUGA